AUGGAGGGCUCCCGCGAGCGCGCUGGCGACCACGCGUCGCCGCCGCACGACACCUCGUUGGCCGCCAUCGCCUUCGGCUCCGUUCCCUCCUCCCUCCUCCUGCCUUCUUCCUCGCCGUGCUCGGGCGGCCGCGUGCCGCAGCCGCCGCGCGACAUCUCGUCGAACGACCACGCCCGGGACGCCUCUCCUCCAACACUCCUCCCGCCGUCCACCUCAUCGGAGCUGCCCUUGCUGUCGCUGGCGGGUGCUGCUGGCUCUGCGGUGGUCCUCUCGACCGCCGUAGCGCCCCAGCCCAACCCCGGUGCCGCUCCUCGCCCUCCUACCCCUGGCGACAAGACUUUGUCCGCUCGCCAUGACGACGACGGCAUCGCCUGCAUCGAGCCCCUGCCUGUGUCCUCUGCGGCCGGCAUGUCGUACCCUUCACCAGGUGCGGCGUUCCUUGACUCCGUACUUUCUUUGCUCCACUCUAUGGUAGCCACUGCUGUGGGUGGCCGGUCGUGCGAGCGUUGCCGGUUUUGGGUGACACCAGGUUCCCUCUCCCCUAGAUUCAACGCUUUCAGCAUCGCUAAUGCCCUCAACUUCAACCUCACCGUUCACCCCGAUCGCUUCUCCAUCUCCAGCCACGGCGGUGGCGUUUUCUCGGCCCUUGCCGCAUCACCGGCGGUGUGCUCGCUUAUUCUUGCCCACCGCUCGGUGCGCCUUGGCAAGUCCGUUUUUCUCCUCCACUGCUCUGCGGGAGAUGCUUCCGAUGCUGCUGCUCGCCUGCCGCCGUGGCCUCCCGCGCCGGCAGCGCCGCCUCUCUCCGCCAGGUCUACGUCGAGUUGUUUGGACGAAGGUAGGGGAAGCCAUGCAGUGGGGCCCGUGGCGCCCCAGGCCGCAUGCACGCUGCGUGAGCCGCUUCGUGGGCUGGUGGUGGGAGUGGGCCCUACUCUGUCCCCCACUAUGCCCACCUUGCCCCGUCACGAGGGAGAAAAAUCGGCUUUUCCUUCCCCCACCUCCCUUGGUCAACCCUCAAUCCUCGGCUCGCCCAUCCCCUCCUCCUCCAUCUCUCCGGAUCCCUGCUGCCAUGACCCCUACCCCGCGAAUCCCGCCGCUGCGGCUCCGCUGACCGACCAAGAUAGCUCGGUCGCUCAUCCCUUUCCCCCGCUCGCCAUCCCAAGCCCUCGCCAUGUCACUCCGACACCUACCUCCUUUUCCCCCACCUUAGCUAGGGCUCCGCCUCGGACCGGUGAGUCCGCCGUUGCUGCAGCAGGGUAUGGACGAUCCGGGCUCCCGGUGUGCGAAUCCACGCCGCCCCGUGAGGUCCUGUCGCUGGGACGCGCGGCGGCUUCCUCUGUGUGCUCUCCCCUUUCCUAUAAGGAUGCCCUCCUCCUCUCUGCUUCUCCUUCACCACCUCGCCGCUCGGAGCGCCUCGUUUUCUCCCCCAUCAAGAACCACCGCCUCUGCUUCCGUUGCCUCUCGCCGGAGCACGGCGCCGGCGAGUGCAGAGACCCCACCAAGUGUGCUGCUUGUGGACGCUCCGGCCACAAGAAGAAAGCAUGUGAGUUGCCUCCCCUUGUCUUCUCUCGUCCCGCCCCGGACCUCUGUUGUCUGGUCUCAUCUCCCCCGUCUGCCCUUCCCUCAUCUCCCCCGUCUGCCCUUCCCUCAUCUCCUCCUCUCUCCCCCAGGUUGUUGGCCGCCCUUGCCCACCCCCGCUCGUGCUCGACAUCGCCCCCGGCCGCCAGGGCCGUCCGGGCCCUGCCUGCCUCGCCGAUGGAGACGCGAAUCGACACGUUCUUCCGUGAGCUGGAGGGACGGAGCUCCCGCUUCCGUCAGCGCCCGCCCGUGCCCUUCCCCAGGGGAGCGGCCGUUGGUGUGUCUCCCUCCUCCUCCGAGCUGGGCACGCUGCGGGGCGCCACGCCGUCUGUCCCUGCUGUGGCUCCGACCCACCGCGGGCCACCGACGUUUGCUCCGCUUCAGGCUCCGGCCUGCACCAGUGCCUCCCCUGCGGCUGCUACUCUCUCCUGGAGCAAUCAUUGCGCUGACCCGCUGCCUCGCCGCGACGACGUCGCCAAAAUCUUCAUGCCGCCCCCGGCCAACGACAACUCCAGUCACCGCGUCGCAUACGCCCUCGUUUCGCCACCCUCCGACUCUCCUGGGUUCCUCCUCCGCCGCGCGUUCGAGGAACGUGGCGGCAACCCCUUCGUCGGGCUGGCGGCCAGCGACUUCGGGGCCAUGCUGGUGCUUUUCCCCUCUGUCGAGGUGCGGGAGGCCACCCUUCAGCUGUUCCCGCUGUAUUUGAUGGCGAUGACAUCUCCUUGGAGAAGCCAGAGGAGGGGGACAACAGGUUCUGCUCCACCUUCUCCUCUUUCGCUCAGCUCUCGGCCACCGGGUUCCCUCUGGAGCAUUGGCAUGAAGGUGGGAUUCGGACAGCAUUUCGCUCCAUUGGUAGCGUAUGCUGCAUCGACCCCCUUUGUCUCAAUGGUUUAG